AUGGGAGAUCUUCAGAGAGUUCUCAGCAAAGGAGAAUAUGCCCCCUUCACAUCCGCUCCUAUGUUUGAAAGCAACUUUGUCCAGGUUAAUAGGAGAGGUGAACCAAUUUAUGUUCAUAAUCGCCCCAACUGUGUGACUGUAGGCAUCUGUGCAUCCAGCCCCAGCCUAUCACUGCCCAAUGUGAUGCUGCUAGCACACACAGUGCCUACAUCUUCCCAGGAAGCUGUGUCAAAGCCCUGGAAGGCCUCAAAGCAGCCAUCCUCCAUGGAGCAGCUAGUACUCAGCAGGUUCUUCCCUUUGAAGUUUGUGGAGAUCACCGUUCACAAUGCUGAGAAGCGUCGCCUCAAGCUGAAGCUGGCAAGUGGCCGCUCCUUCUACCUGGAGCUCUGUGCCCCACCAGACAAGCAGUGCCGGCUCUUCUGUCAAUGGUUGCAGCUCAUUUCUCUCUUGAAACUUCCCCGAGAUGACUACAACAAUACUCAAGUCAAUAUAGUGUAUGAGAAUUUUAAUGGGCAGCAAGCUGAGAGAACACAAGGCACAAGGAACCAGUCAGACAACAGAGACACCCAUCUAGAGACUCUGAAUUCUAUUGAUGUCCCAGAAUCAGAGAAGGAGGAAGUUGCUAAGCGAGCAUCCUCCAAGCGAGUCACCAUCUCUGGCAUAGUGGGUCCUAUCGAAGAGUGUGGCAGCAGCAAGAGAGGGCUGGCAGUUGCCUCACGCAGCUCCAUAAUAAAAGAGAUAAAAAGAGAUCCCAGCAUGCAGUCAAAGAAACAACAAAGAAAAGAUCACCUGGAGGUAAAGAAGAGCAAAAGCACAGAGAAGAAGAAAUCCAGGUGGCUUUACAUCCAGAAGUGUGAAAUCUGA